UGAGGUGUAUAUGUCCAUACAUAGAGGACCUUUCAUUAUGACAUAAGUUUGUGUGUGGGGAGAGAUCACAGAGCCGGUGAGAGGGAGAAAUAUAGUCCCGCUCAUGCACUAUACCUCCAUUUUCUGAGAAUCUGUUCCUUUGACAUCUGUACACAGCAGUGAGAGAGUACAGACCUCAACCCCACCUCUCCGACAUCCCAUCGCAGAGGAAAUACAGGUUUACUUUCACUUUCAAGUUCGGAGAUCUCGCCCGUCUACACAAAUAUGGCCCACAAGGUCUUCGUUGGUAAUCCAAAUGACCUGAUGAGAGCCCUGGAAAGGGACGCACUAGAGAUCAGCAGGCGGCACUUUGUGAAUAAACACGAGGCGAACCUGAUAAAUGGGACUGAUAAUGUAGAUGCCGUUCUGCAUGAGCUCCUGGAGGAGGAACUGCUUUCCGAUGUAGAAUACAGAUGCGUUUGCAGUAAACGGACCUCCCGGGAUAAGAUGAGGCAGCUCUAUCAAUAUGUCUUCCUCUGGGAUUUCGAGGACAAGGACACUUUCUUGGAGAUCCUGAAGAAACACAACGGAGUGCUUAUAGCGGACUUGCAGAGGAGGGAUGGUAUGCCAGAAGAGGAAAGCACUCAGUCUGAGGGAUACUAUUUAUUACCAUCAAGUUCAUCCUCUUUCUCUUCUUCCCCAAAAGACGAGAUGGACUGUGACGUCUGUGGGAAGAAUCAGGACCCGGCUGAUAUUCCAGUUAUGCCAAAAAUAAGUGGAAAUACAUACAGGUUGGAACUUAGAUGUGCCGGACGCUUCUGCUGUUUAGAGACCGGGAUUAAAUUCGAGGUGACCCGUCCGAUAACUAUUGAGUAUGAACUGGAUUCCUGGUCUAAAUACAUGGACAAUCCGCAGCUCCAAGAAUCUGGGGUCCUGGGACCUCUGUUCAACAUUAAGACACCGGUACAGCCAAAUAUAGUGUCUGCAGUGUACCUUCCACAUUAUCUGUGCUUGAAAGAACUGAGUGGAGACCUGUCUUGGAUUAAAUGCGCUCAUUUCAAAGAUGGAAACCUGAGUGUGGAAACACCAACACAAGUUCUACCGUUCCAUGUCGUUCUGGAAAAUCCCUCAUUUUCCUCACUUGGAGUUUUUUUCUGGAACUUGUUACCAAAAGCAGUGGCCAAGUACAUCCCAAUACAUGGCAAAGUUCUCUUGUACUUCAAAAAAGCUGGAAGGCAAUGUGUGGAGUAUAAGAUUCACCUGUACCUAUUGCCUGCGUUUGCCCCAAUAGACAAGGAUUUUUUACAAGAAAAGACUAGAAAUGGAUUUGUGAAGAUUGAUAAACCGCCCAGAACCAAAACCAUCUACACCAAGAAAAGCUACACUGUGAAGGGACCAGAGAAUGCCCAUGUACAACCCACGGGGUUGGAUGUGCAGUGUGUCUCCCCAUUAGAGAGCUACACAGAUAUCACCAUGGAUGCUGCAGUGAAAUUGAUUGACUUGUGUCUGGUACAGGAAGGUGGCAAGGACCAGAUCUGGGGUUGUCGUAUGUCCAGAGGAGAAGUUGAAGAAUUGCAUGGACGGGUGCCAAAGUGUGCAAAGCCCAAAGGUGUAUUGGUCCUGCACAGUGGUACUAAGCAGCAAUUUGUGGAUAAGUAUCGGGAGGCUCUGAUUAAAUGGGUGUCCCUCGUGGAUCCCAUCCUGGACAGUCUUGUGGCUCAGAAGCUGCUGACCGAUGAAGCGUAUGACAACGUCCGCAGCAAGACCACCUCUCAGGAGAAGAUGAGGGAGCUGUACAGGAUCAGCAGGGGCUGGGGUACGUCUCACAAGGCCAAGCUCUAUGAUGCUCUGGAGACGCACAAUGCUCCUCUCAUCCAACAUCUGAAGGAGGCCUGGUGAUGGACUAUUCUAUUCUAAUAGGGGGAAGACCUCAGUGCUAUUUUAGUCUUCAAAAUACGCAUGAGAAAUUUCUAAAAACAUGGACCCGUUGAUCCAAUACACUCAUCCUUCUAUACCAAUGGCCAGUUAUACCCUGCUAUGAGCACUGAGACCCUGAUGUUCCGGCUAGGUGUUCCUGGCCUCCUUUCUCACUCUCCUCUUUUCCUCCCUGGUCAAUUUUUUCUCCCUUUUCCACCUACUUAGGCUCUUUCGUAGGGAUGGUCCCUGCUUAUGCAUUCCUUUUUUUUUUUUAUGUAGUUUUUUUUUUAUACUAAACUCCAUACAUAUGCCUCUAAUCCAUCACCAAAGUUUGUUUCCUUUUAUUGACAUUGUUACUCUGUUACGGCACAAUUAAUGUGCCCUUUGGUAUACUAACCAUUUUUUGCUUUAACUUUUCCACUUGAUGUACGAUUGCUACACUUAUUACACUUCUAUUUGUAUACCUGAUCAAAGUUACACAUUGCAUUCCUUAAACUUUUCAAUAAAAAAUUAUUGAAAUAGAAA